UGUGCGAGCCCGAGCCGGUAUAGACGCGGCUUUUGUUUGAAUAUUUUUUUCACAAUAUUUAUCGUGUCUUUAUAAUGUGUUGACUUUCUACACGGGAGAACAUUACAGCUAUCCAAAAUGUGGAAGUUUCUCCUGGUUUUGUCGCUUGCCUGGGCAGCCGAGGCAGGGCCGACGGGCAGUGCAAAAGAGAUCCCUGGAUAUGAGAGCUGCACCCAGCCCAAAGACGGGUUGUUGAACGUACACAUAGUACCGCAUACGCACGAUGACGUCGGCUGGCUCAAAACGGUGGACCAGUACUACUACGGCAGUCGCAAUAUGAUCCAAAAGGCUGGAGUGCAGUACAUCAUAGAUUCAGUCGUCAAAGAACUCUGGGAGGACCCGAAACGAAGGUUCAUUUACGUAGAAACUGCCUUCUUCUGGAAGUGGUGGAACCUCCAACCGGAUUCCAUCAAGUCGAAAGUCCACACCUUGGUCACUGAAGGCCGCCUGCAGUUUGUCGGAGGUGCGUGGAGUAUGAACGACGAAGCGACUACGUACUACCAGAGCAUUAUCGACCAGUUCACUUGGGGUCUCAGCAAACUGCGAGACACGUUCGGCGCAUACGGUCGCCCACGCGUGGGCUGGCAAAUCGACCCAUUCGGCCAUUCGCGCGAAUUCGCGUCGUUGCUCGCUGCUAUGGGCUAUGAUGGUUUAUUCCUGGGAAGAAUAGACUACCAGGACAAAAGGACCCGGCAAGAUCUCAACACCAUGGAGAUGGUUUGGAGGGGAGACGACAGCUUGGGUAAAUCCUCGGACAUUUUUACGGGAGUUCUGUACAAUACGUACUCGCCACCGCCCGGGUUCUGUUUCGACGUGCUGUGCGCGGACGAGCCUAUUAUAGACGACCCCAGCUCCCCUGACUACAAUGUGGACAGACGGGUUGAAGACUUCAUAGCGUACGUUCGAAACCAAAGUGAAGUGUACCGAACCAAUAACGUGAUUGUGACUAUGGGGGGCGACUUCACGUACCAGCAAGCCGGCAUGUGGUAUGAAAACCUCGACAAGCUUAUACAAUACGGCAAUCUGAAAGCUGCUAAAGACGGCAAGAACAUCACCUUGUUCUAUUCAACACCGAACUGCUAUUUAAAAGCUGUGAAGGAUGCUACCCCAACAUUGCCGAUCAAGCAGGACGAUUUCUUCCCAUACGCGAGCGAUCCGCACGCGUAUUGGACCGGUUAUUUCACCUCGCGGCCUGCCAUCAAGUAUUUGGAAGCGCAAACAAAUACAUAUCUACAGGUAGUAAAACAGCUGCAACUUUUAGGAGCGCUGCCUGAACACAACAUGCCUCUUUUGGACGAACUAAAAAGCGCUAUGGGCGUAUUGCAACACCACGAUGCAGUGACCGGUACUGAGAAACAGCACGUGACCCACGAUUACGUUAGAAUGGCAACACAGGCGGCGGAAGAUGCGCACACCAUCACCACUCAGGCAUUGAACCGCAACAUCUUUGGCGAUGACGCGACCCAGCAAUUGGUAUUCGACCGCUGUCACUUCAACGAGUCUCGCUGCGACACCACUGAAGAAGCCACUGGGAAUCUCAUUAUUACGGUAUACAAUCCGCUGGCGUGGCCCGUGAUAAGCCCAGUCCAAAUCCCAGUAGUGGACGGCGAAUAUGAUAUUGUGGACGGAAAAGGUGUUUCCCAAACUGUACAAAUAACAGAAAUAUCGAAAACAAUACUGGAGCUGCCUUCCAGAGUUUCAAAAGCGAAGAAAGAAGUGACUUUCAUAGCUAAUUUACCUCCAUUGGGUUACAAAUCGUAUUAUAUGUCAAAGAAGCAAAAAAGAACUGUGAGAGAUAUAAAAAUUGAAGAAAUAAGCGAUAUAGACGAAUAUUUUGAGAAAAUUAAGAAGAAAAACUACGUCGAAUUAGCAAUGGACAACGAUUUUGACAACGAUGUGCUGGUUUACACUAAUAUUCCGGAUGAGCCCAAGAAAAUUAAUAGAAAUAAUUAUUAUAAUUCGGAUAAAAUGGCUAAAGCGCUACUAAAAUCCAAGGAGGGCAAAGAUAAAAACGUAGAGGAAUUUGAGAAACUAUUCGUUGAGAGUUCCAAACCGAAACGACCCCGUCAGGAUGAGAAUUCGUACCCAUACAUAAGUGGGGAUGAAAUGAGGAUGCUUGCUGACGAUCCUAUGGUCGUGGAGAGAUUCGAGGAACUGAAUGAUGAGGCUCUCAAAAAACCAGGAAAUUCCCACCUUAUCACGACUCAAGGAGAUUACACGUUCACAGCGAGCCAUUGGUACUAUCCAGCUGCUAUCGGCAACAACGAAAUAUACGAAAACAGGUCAUCCGGUGCUUACAUAUUCCGACCCAGUUCAAACACACCCGUAGAGCUGAAAUUCAAAGACUAUAAACAAAUAGACGGACCGUUGUUUUCAGAGACAAGAUUCACAACAGAAAACAACGCAGCGUUCACAUACAGAUUCUACAAUCAUAGAAAAAUACCGUAUCACGAAUUGGAUUUUGUCGUUGGGCCGAUCAAUAUAGAUGAUGGGGUAGGAAAAGAAUUCAUAGUGAGAUACGAAACGAAUAUAGUCACGAAUGGAGAAUUCUACACAGAUUCUAAUGGACGGCAGUUGAUUAAAAGAAAAUUGAAUAAGCGACCGCAGUAUAAUUUGACAGUUGAGGAACCAGUGGCAGGGAAUUAUUACCCAGUUGUCAGUGUGGCAGGUUUGACAGGUGAUAAGGGUGACGUGUAUUUAAAUGUGUUGCCGGAUAGGGCGGUAGGUGUCGCUUCUUUGCAAGAGGGUAAUCUAGAAGUUAUGUUACAUAGGCGGUUGUUACAUGAUGACGCUUUUGGGGUAGGAGAGGCGUUGAAUGAAACUGAAUUUGGAAAAGGUUUGGUUGUUAGGGGAACGCAUAGAUUCUUCUUUACAUUGGACAAAAGAACGUUCAAAGAUGUGUUGGAAAUGAGGAACAAACCGCAAGUUUUCGUCUCUAACGCUGAUGGAAUAAAUCUUGAGAAUUGGAAGAAAUUAACCAACGAGAGAAGCUGGUUAAAAUCUGAACUACCUGAUGGAGUACAUUUGUUAACUUUAGAACCAUUUGGGAACAGAAUGUUUUUGCUACGCCUCGAGAAUUUCCUAGAAGAAUCCGAGUCGUCUUCUAGAGUCGUAGACUUAGCAAAACUUCUAACUUUUACAACUAUAAGUUCACUGCAAGAAACUGUACUGUCCGCUAACGCUGGUCUGCACGAAAAAUGGACUUGGAAUACAGAGAAGCAGUUUUCUGAUAAUUUUAAUAAGGAAUAUGGAAGCUUUGGAGAUGUUAAACUCGCUAAAGAUAAACCUAAAGUCGCAGAUGAUAGCUACAAAAUCAACCUUGCUGCGAAACAAAUAAGGACUUUUAUAGCUAGGCCUUGAAAAGAUUGCCAAAGAUUAAAAGAAACAGUAGCCAUAUUGGUUUAAGGUUGAAUAUAGAAAUACAUUUCAAAGGCCUUUUAAAACCCAGUUUGCAAUAUUUUAGCUGCCUAUUUCGAAAUUAAACUAAAAUGCUACUGUUUUUCAUACAUAGGCCUUUCUUAGGAUGGGUUGCACCAUCUUAUUUUAACAUCAGGUGAUCCGUCUGCUCGUUUGCCUCCUGUCACAUAAAAAAAAAACUUUAACAAACGUCAAAAGUCUGUCACUUUCCAUACAAAAACACCGGUUAUCGUUACAGUUACGGUUAAAGUUAGGUGCAACUCAGCCUUAAGGAAUAUUUUACAUAACAGUGUGGUUCCAGCUUUAGGAAGCCAUUUUGUCAUAUUUUUGUAACUCCUCAAAUGUAUAUUAUAUUAUUGUUAAGGUUUUUAGUAAAUAAACAUAUCAUUUUGUAAUAAAA